AUGGCUGACACGGACGACCUGAAAUCACAGAGAAAGCGUGAGUACCCCACAAAUGAUAUUCCCACUCGCGCCCACAGUGCAGCUUCUUACAAGCGAGAGGCGUUAGCCACUUUGAUGUCAGGAACUGAGACGCCCAAGAAGCCUGCGCCUCAGGCCGUUACCGGAAGGCAGAGGGGCCGCGCGGGCCUCCACGCGGGCCUCCACGCGGGCCUCCACGCGGGUUCCGACAGAAACAACCAGCCAUCCACCACAGCCACAGAACGCAACCCCAAACCCCCCACAAGAACAUCCCCCCGCCCCGCACUGGAGCGCGUGGCAAUCGUGAAUACACUGCUGUGGGAACUGUCUCAGGCCUUACGAGCUCCUAAGAUCACAUCAAGCUCACUACAUGACACUAAGAUUUUCUUAAAACUGAAGGUGGACCAUGCUCUUUUCAAGAAAAGGCAAGUUGAUACACUUGGCAGUUCUUGCUUAGCUGUAGCAGAUAAGAGACUGCAGGCACCAUCUUCCUUGCUCCUGGCAGCAGUGACGGUGGGUCACUGCGAUUUGAACCAUGAAGUUGUUAACCACAACCGUUCCUUCUCGAGAUUUGAUUCCCUCAUGGUUGUCCCCAAAGUGAAAGCGGCGGCUGGCCCUCCAGGAACACCUCUACAGCCUCAGGACCUGGAGUUCACCAAGUUACCAAAUGGUUUGGGGAUCGCUUCUCUGGAAAAUCAUGCUCCUGUCUCAAGAAUUGGUUUGUACAUUAAAGCCAGCAGUAGAAAUGAGGACUUCAGCAACCUGGGAACCUCUCCUUUGCUUCGUCUUGCAUCUAAUUUGACUACAAAAGGAGCUUCCUCUUUCAAGAUAACCCGUGGCAUUGGAGCAGUCCGUGGUAAAUCACGUGUGGCUGCGACCAGAGAAAACAUGGCAUUCAGUGUGGAGUGCUUGCGGGAUGAUAUGCAGAUUCGAAUGGAUUUCCUGCUCAAUGUCACCACUGCACCUGAGUUCUGUCGUUGGGAAGUAGCUGCUCUUCAGCCUCAGCUAAAGAUCGACAAAGCUGUGGCUUUUCAGAAUCCACAGGCUCCUGUCAUGGAGAAUUUGCAUGCUGUUGCUUACAGGAAUGCCUUAGCUAAUUCCCUGUAUUCCUAUGGGAUUGGAAAAGUGACAUCAGAGGAGUUGCAUUUCUUUGUUCAGAACCAUUUUACAAGUGCAAGAAUGGCUUUGAUUGGAAUUGUUGUGAGCCAUCCUAUCCUAAAGCAAGUUGCUGAACAAUUUCUGAACAUGAGAGGUGGGCUUGGCUUGUCUAUUCCCAAAGCCAAAUACCUUGGAGGUGAAACUCCAGAGCAGAAUGGACACAGCCGUGUCCACGCUGCCAUUGUAGCAGGAAGUGCGGCCGAAGGCAGUAAGGAAGCAAAUGCUUUUGGUGUGCUCCAGCAUGUCCUGGGUGCAGGGCCGCAUGUCAAGAGGGGCAGCAACAGCACCAGUCUCCUCCACCAGGCCAUUGCCAAAGGAAGUCAGCAGCCCUUUGAUGUUUCUGCUUCUAAUGCCAGUUACUGCGAUUCUGGACUCCUUGGAAUUUACACUAUCACCCAGGCUGCAGCUGCUGGGGAUGUCAUCAAAACUGCCUACAACCAAGUGAACGCAGUUUCUCAAGGCAAGCGUUCCAGCACAGAUGUCCAGACUGCCAAGAGGAAGCUGAAAGUUGCAUACCUCAUGUCAGUAGAGUCUUCUGAGGGUGUCCUGGAUGAAGUUGGGUCUCAGGCUCUCAUCACUGGUUCUUAGAUGCCACCACCUGCUGUGCUUCAGCAAAUUGACUCUGUCACUGGUUCGGAUGUCAUAAAUGCUGCGAAGAAGUUUAUUUCUGGCAAGAAGUCAAUGGCAGCAAGUGGAAAUUUGUGCACUACCCCUAUUAUUGAUGAGUUGUGACCCGGAAGCAGUCACUGCAGGGUAGACACUCAUUAAGAGAAACCCUUCAGCAUCAAAAAUUCCUAACACGAAUCUUCUCCUCAGUGAAGUAGAAUACCUGAAAGCAUAUCAGGUCAUUAGCUCAAUGGCCUAGAGUCAAUAAAACUUUCUGCUGAAAA